AGAAGAAGAAGGAUGCACGUGUCGAUGGCAACGCGAGUCCCUAUGUGGUUCUCUCGACGAAGACUCCUUGAAGAGAAGCUCUCUGACCUUCACAGGUGCAACAACCUUGACCUUGUGAAGCAAAGCCACGCCCAAAUCCUCAAAGCUCAUCUCCACCAAGACCUCUACGUUGCUCCCAAACUCAUCGCUGCUUUCUCCCUCUGUCGCCACAUUGCCUUUGCCGUCAGCGUCUUCAACCAAGUCACCGACCCCAAUACCCACUUGUACAACUCCAUCAUUAGAGCACACGCUCAUAACAACUCUCACCCUUCACACGCUUUCGCCAUUUUCUUUGACAUGCAGAGAAAUGGUGUCUACCCUGAUAAUUUCACUUACCCAUUUUUGUUAAAGGCUUGUGAUGGCCGUUCUUCGUUUCCGUUGGUUCAAAUGAUCCAUGCCCAUGUCGAAAAAUUUGGUUUUUAUGGUGAUAUCUUUGUGCCCAAUUCGUUGAUUGAUUCGUACUCUAAGUGCGGGAGUGUUGGCCUUGAUGGGGCAAUGAAGUUGUUUUUGAAAGUAAAGGAACGGGAUAUUGUGACUUGGAACUCUAUGAUUGGUGGGUUGGUGAAAGGUGGUGAGUUGGAUGAUGCUUGUAGGCUGUUUGAUGAAAUGCCUGAGAGAGAUAUGGUUAGUUGGAACACGUUGUUAGAUGGGUAUGCGAAGGCGGGAGAGAUGAAUAAGGCGUUUGAACUGUUUGAGAAAAUGCCUGAGAGGAAUAUUAUCUCUUGGUCCACGAUGGUUUGGGGUUAUAGUAAAGCUGGUGAUAUGGAUAUGGCUAGGAUGUUGUUUGAUAAGUGUCCCGCUAAAAAUUUGGUGCUUUGGACCACCAUAAUAUCUGGGUAUGCUGAGAAGGGGAUUGUGAAGGAGGCGACAGCCUUGUAUGAUAAAAUGGAGGAAGCUGGGUUGAAGCCUGAUGAUGGUUUUUUGAUAAGUAUUUUGGCUGCAUGUGCUGAGUCUGGAAUGCUCGGAUUGGGGAAGAAAAUUCAUGCCUCCAUUCAGAGGUGUAGGUUUAGAUGUAGCACUAAGGUGUUGAAUGCAUUCAUUGAUAUGUAUGCUAAGUGUGGCUGUUUGGAUGCUGCGUUUGGUGUCUUUUGUGGAAUGAUGGCAAAGAAAGAUGUGGUGUCUUGGAAUUCCAUGAUCCAAGGGUUUGGCAUGCAUGGAAAUGGCGAGAAAGCACUUGAACUUUUCUCUAGGAUGGUACAUGAAGGUUUUGAGCCAGAUAAAUAUACAUUCAUUGGCCUUUUAUGUGCUUGCACCCAUGCAGGUCUUGUUAAUGAAGGACGUAAUUACUUUUAUUCAAUGGAGAAAGUGUAUGGGAUUGUUCCUCAAGUUGAGCAUUAUGGUUGCAUGAUUGACCUUCUUGGCCGUGGGGGACAUCUAAAAGAAGCUUUUGUGCUUUUGCGCAGCAUGCCUGUGGAACCAAAUGCCAUUGUAUUGGGUACUCUUUUGGGUGCUUGUCGGAUGCAUAAUGAUGUAGAUCUUGCAAGAACUGUGUGUGAUCAACUGUUUAGGUUGGUGCCAUCAGAUCCUGGAAAUUUCUCCCUUCUAUCAAAUAUUUAUGCUCAAGCAGGGGAUUGGAUGAAUGUUGCCAAUGUAAGGUUACAAAUUAAGAGUACAGGAGGCCAAAAGCCUUCUGGGGCUAGUUCCAUAGAGGUAGAAGAAGAAGUGCAUGAAUUUACUGUCUUCGAUCAGUCACACCCUAAAUCAGAUGAUAUAUACAAGAUGAUUGACAGAUUGGUACAGGACCUUAGGCAGGUUGGAUAUGUCCCUAUGAUAUAUCAAUAGAGAUGGAUGAAUAUGAUUUGGUUGCAUCAAAAUGUACAGCUGAAAUGAUGUAUACAAGAUGAAUGUUGCCAAUGUAAGGUUACAAAUUAAGAGUACAGGAGGCCAAAAGCCUUCUGGGGCUAGUUCCAUAGAGGUAGAAGAAGAAGUGCAUGAAUUUACUGUCUUCGAUCAGUCACACCCUAAAUCAGAUGAUAUAUACAAGAUGAUUGACAGAUUGGUACAGGACCUUAGGCAGGUUGGAUAUGUCCCUAUGAUAGAUCAAUAGAGAUGGAUGAAUAUGAUUUGGUUGCAUCAAAAUGUACAGCUGAAAUGAUGCUUAUAGUUUGGGAAAUGAAUAUGAUAAUAUACACAUUGCUGGCUUACCAAACGUAAAGAAAUCAUUUCCUUCAAUGCUAACACUGGCUUAGCAAAACAAAAAAGUUGUAAGCAUGGCUGCACCGGUGCUUACAGUGCAAGCAUCCUACAUUCCUACUAACACUGGCAGGAGCACUUUUAUAAAGCCAAA